UCGGUGGUAAAAAAAACGACCAAACCAAAAAAUUUGGUAUAAGAAAUUAGAAACUUAAUUAGAAAUUAACGUUUAAAUAUUAUUUAAUUAAUGGAAAAGAAAAUUCAGAAAAACAUUCCUGGGACUACACUUAGUACCCAAAAUGGCCAGUUACUGACUUCUUCAGGAGUACCAUCUUUGGAUGCACUUUUAGGGGGUGGAUUACCAGUAGGAACAGUAGUUUUAAUAGAGGAAGAUUUCCAUGGAUCUUACUCAAAAAUUUUACUCAAAUAUUUUCUUGCUGAAGGUAUUGUUUCAAAUCAUUCUACGUUCAUAGCUAGUCAAGACAUAAAUCCUUCUCAUAUCAUAAAAGAGUUACCUGCUGUGAUUGAAAGUGAUCCUGAGCCAGAGACUAAUGUUCCAAAAAUCUCUGGUAGUAGUAAUAAGAUGAAAAUAGCUUUCAGAUAUCAAAAUUUACAAACAGACAAUUCGUCAGAUAAUUUUAAACAUAUCGGGCAUUAUUAUGACCUCUCAAAAAAUAUGUCUUUUUGUGAUAUAGAAAAUUCAGAUAUUUACUAUUGGACGGGACAAAGAAUAGAAAAUGGUUCUAAAACAUUUUCCAAUCCUGCUUAUAAUGACCUAUUGAAAUGUAUUAAAUAUAAAAUUAAAGAAGGCAAGUUCUUUUUAAAAGAUAAUCCUGAGAGAAGGUCUGUGUUACGUAUAGGAAUACAUUCUUUGGGUUCACCAAUGUGGCUACCACAUAGAAAAUCAAUACAUUCUAUAGACAGCAGUAGGGACUUAGACAUGUUUAUUUUCUGUUUGAGGGCCCUGGUUCGAUCUGCAUAUGCAGUCGCAGUUAUUACUGUACCAACACAUUUAUAUCAUGAGAUCUCUUUAGAUAGGUGUAUCCAUUGUAGUGAUAUAGCUAUGAGACUGCAAGCUUUUAGUGGAACGGAAUUAGAAAAUAAUCAAAGUUUAUCGGACUAUCAUGGAUUUUUCUAUUUAACGAAGUUAGCGGCAAUAAAUUCAUUAGCAUCCAAGCAUCCGGGUUCAGUCGAAUAUGCAUUUAAGUUGAGGAGGAAGAAAUUUUCUAUAGAAGUCCUUCACUUACCGCCAGAUAUUCAAGACCAGGAUAGUAAAAGUGAAAAUAAACCAACAUUAGGCUGUAGUGGUGCAAAUAAACACAUUUUGGAAUUUUAAUUAUGUUCCUAAAAAUUAUUUCUAAUUAAUUAUUUAUUGAAGAGUAUUAUAU